AUGAACGAAGAAAAGAAGGCCGAACUUCGUGCCAAAAACGAGCAGGCCUUGAAGGGGAAGAGGCCCGAUGCUUCUUUCUUUAAAUCAUUAGAUUCUUCAAUUAAAAAGAAUAGUGCAUUUGUGAAGAAGAUAAAAACUCUCUCUGAAUUACAACCGGAUCAAAAGGGGUCAUUAUUGCCGGAUAUUCAAAAACUAAAUCUUCGUCGGUUCAUCAGCGAAAUUGUACAAGGAUUUUGUGAAAUGCCACUAAAGCCGGAAGACAUUGACUAUGUUGUAGACAUUGCUUCCGCUCUCCAUCAAUUGUAUGCAGAGUUCUCGGAAUCAUUCAUUUCUUCAAUCGUUAAAUCAUGCGCCACUCAAAACAAGGAUACUGAUAAGAAGGAAUUAAAUGUUGCAAGACUAUCUGUAGUAUUGAUGAUUGUAACUAAAUUAUUUAUUACUAGGAUGCAUGAUAAUUUUGCAACCAUCAACAACGUGUUGAAGGGUCUGAUUCAAAUGCACAAAAAAACAUCACAAACCGGAAUUUUAAUGCCAUUCCUUACUGAGUUUCAACACGACUUUCUAAUUGGAAAGCCGUAUGAUCCAUCAAAAUGCGAUAUUACGGAACAAGAACACAAACAAAUCAAUGAGUUGUUUAUGCAAUUCUUCGAUUCUCUGUGUGAUAGAUUAAGAUCAAAACAAAAAGAGAUUGGUGACGAAGAGAUAUCGGGAGAGAAAAAAUCUUCUUUGGACGAAAACACUGAAAAUUUAGAUAAGGAAAAGAAAAAGCUCAAACAAUGGAAAAAACAUUAUGAUGUUGCAAAGGAGGUUGCCGAUAUCUUGAAUGCUAAAAUACCGGACGACAUUGAAGAGGCAUUGCAAAAGGUUGAAGAUAUGACAGCUAAAAACGAACAAUUAGAAAAGAAAGACGUUUCCACUGAGAAUAUCGAUCAAUUUGUUAAUGAAAGAACUCGCCAAUUUUAUGAAAUAAUUCCAGAUCUAAAUCAAUUAAUGCAAGAAAAGAAUGAAUUGGAGAAUAUUGUCUCUAUUGACGAUUUACUUGAUAAGCUUCCAAAAAGGCCACCAAUCGAUAAGGUUGCAACUACAUUAGCCGUUAGAUAUUUGAAUCAGAAGACAAACAGAACAAAGCUCGUCAAAAAGAUGUUUAGCGUCAAUAGAACAAGUUUAGAGUUGUUACCAUAUUAUGGAAGACUUGUAGCUAUUUUGAACCUAACCUACAAAGAUAUUGGCAAGUCAUUGGUGCAAUUAUUAGAAGAAGAGUUUAACAAGUUGUUUGAGGAACAAGACCAAAUUAAGAUUGAGACAAAGGUUAAAAAUAUUAGAUUCUUGGGAGAGUUAAUUUUAUUCAAGAUUUGUCCCGAGGAGACUGGUAUUGAGUUUUUCAAGAAGUGCCUUUCACAGUUUCAUCAUCACAACAUAGAUGUUGCAUGCCAUUUUUUGGAAGUAUGUGGAAGAUAUCUCUAUGCCAAGCCUACAACUCAUCUUACUAUGGUUGAAUUGGUUUCAAAAAUGAUGAGAAUCAAAGAUGUUAAGGUCUUGGAUGUCAAGUACAAUACCAUGAUUGACAAUGCAUAUUACAAUACUGUCAUUAAUGAGCAAGAAGCUGAAAAACAAAGAACAGUUUAUGGUGAAGAUGAUGAGCUUACACAAUAUGUGUUACAUCUGCUCUUGUCAGAAUUGAACAAGUAUAACAUCAAUACUGUCCUGAAACAGCUAAGAAAACUGCCGUAUGACAAUUUUGAAGUCAUCAAGAACAUUGUUAAAAGUUUACUCUCCCAUAUUAGAGAGUGUGCUUACGGAACUAUUCACUUGAUGGCUAGUGUUCUGGGCGGACUUUCGAGAUAUCAUGAAGAAAUUGGAGUUGUAAUCAUUGAUUUUCUCAUAGAACAGAUUAGAUAUUCAUUGCAACAGGAAUAUUUGGAUUAUAUCGAACUGGGAAUUAAUCAAAAUGCGGAUUACUUUGCUUCUAGAAUGAAAUCCGAACAAAAGAGAUUGAUUGACAUCAAAUUCUUGGGAGAAUUUUAUAACUAUCAGCUCAUCGAUAUCAACGUAAUUAUGGAUGUGUUGUACAUGUUGAUACUGUAUCCAACUCCUCUUGAGCCAGCCAAACAAGACACUUUUAGAUUGAGACUUAUUUGUACACUGUUAGACACUUGUGGUCCAUACCUAGAAACUGCUGCUGACAGAAAAAAAGUCGAUCGUUUCCUUUUGUAUUUACAAAGAUAUGUACUUAGUAAGCAAUAUAGAUUGCCAGUAGACUUGGAAAACAUGUUGGCGGACACUCUCGACAAUGUGAAACCAAAGCUCAAGUGGCCAAAGAGUCUGAAAGACGUGAAUGACAAAAUUGAAGCGAUUGAGCAAAAGAAACCAAUUCCACUUCCUGGGCAAGGAACGCCAACAGAUCUUCUUGCAUUAUGGCCCAUUAGUGACAAUGAUCAACCAGGCGAGCUUGGAGAAGACGAAGAGGUUGAAGAAAUGAAACAACUCGAAGAAACAGACUUACCUUCUUGCAAUGGAAACAAAUCAGUAGAAACAAACGAUAAAGAGGCUGAAGAGCUUGACCAUGAGCUCAUGGAAUUGGUCAAUGAGAGUAUUAAGGAAAGAAAGUUCAUCACUAACAACACUAUCAUGAAACUUGGCACCAAUAUUCCAAAACCUCAAGAAAUGCUCAAACAAUCAGCAAACACUCCAACCAAUUUACCUCAAACACAAAGAAUUACCUUGCUCUCUAAACAAGGAAGAAGUAACAAGGCUCACGAAUUAUUUGUUGGAAACUUUGCUAAGGUCAUGAAGAAAGAUUCAGUCACAUCUCAGCCACCUUCUUCCCCCAACAGUACCAACAACGAGUAG